UAAAAGUAUAGUAUUGAACUCCUUUUGGUCAGACAACCAUGUCUUUAAUUCCCGUCUGGUUGGUGACUCUGUUCGUUGUCUGCAGUGCAACUACAAUACCUACUACAGUUGAUGGUCAAUGUGACUGCAAAAAGAUUCAAGGCAUAAAGGAUGAAGUGACUCGAUUAAACGCGGCAAUUACCUUGGCAGAAAGAACGUGUAAAUCUAAAGCAGUGGAUUGCAGCUGGUCUGAUUACGGUCCUUGGACGGAUUGUACCAAAACAUGUAGUGGAGGAACAAGAUCCAGAAAUAGAACAUGUGCCAACCCUGUCUGUAGUGGGAGUGCUAUACAAAUAGAGGCGUGUAACACGGAUCCUUGUCCAGUAUGUAGUGCUAAAGCCGACGUCGUCUUCCUAUUGGACUCUUCUGGAAGUGUUGGAGCCACAAACUUCAAGAAAAUGUUAAAAUUCAUGCAAGGAGUUGCGAGCAAAUUUAGCGUUGGUUUAAACAAUAUCCAGGUUGGCGUUGAUACAUUCCAAAGUACUGUAAAAAGUGAAUUCAAGUUGAACCAGUUCCUCGACAAAAAUGAUCUUAUAACUGCAAUUGGAAAUAUUGUUUACAAAACUGGCGGAACUAACACGGGUCCAGCCAUUAAGUUUAUGACGACUUACAGUUUCAGUACAGCAGCAGGUCAUAGGACGGGUGUUCCUAAGAUUGGUAUUGUUAUCACUGAUGGAAAAUCAGGUGACCAGGCUAACACUUUGGCGGAGUCUAAGAAAGCACGUGCAAGUGGUAUACAGCUCAUUGCUAUUGGCGUUGGGGAUGGUAUAAAUACCAUAGAAUUAGAAGGCAUCGCCAACAAACCAAAAACCGAAUAUGUGUACAAUGUAAAAAACUUCGAUGUGCUAAACAUAUUGCAAGCGUCACUGUCUGCAAGGACUUGUAAAGUGGAUGGUGGCUGGUCUAUUAACGAUCCAUGGUCAGCUUGUACCAAGACAUGUGGCGACGGAACAAGAACUAGAACUAGAACAUGUACCAAUCCUUCUCCUUCAAAAGGUGGUGCUCCAUGCAAUGGAAGUGCUAUACAAUCAGAAGCAUGUAAUAUAAACCCUUGUCCAGCUUGUCCGUCGGGCUGGACUAUGUAUGGAUCUAGCUGUUACUUCUUUAGUCACACUUCGGAAACAUGGACUGACGCCGUUAGUAUUUGCCAAACAAAAAAUAGUAUCCUUGCAGAAAUUGGAUCUUCUGGUGAAAAUAGAUUCUUGAAGAAUACGGCAUCUAAUUAUGGAGGAGUUUUUUGGCUCGGGGGAACAGAUAGUGCAAGUGAAGGAAACUGGUAUUGGUGGACCAGUGGUAAGAGAUUCAGUGUAACUGAUUGGGGUAGUUCUACUAAAAACGGAGGAUGGUGGUCGUCUAAGAAGGUCACUGUUAAAGAACCAAAUAACCUUGACGGCAAGGAACAUUGUCUUGAAUUUGGAUUUGGUUUAAAAUGGAACGAUAACGGUUGCUGGAAGAGUUUUAAAUAUAUUUGCGAAAAGCAGAAGCAGGUUUAAAACAAGAACAACAAACAAACAAAAAGGAUGACCGAAAGAAAAAUUUCUAAAUGGACGACUGAACAUGCGGAAGGAGUUUUCCUAGCAAUUUCUGUACUGUUUACUGAUAUAUACUUUGAAAUAUAGCAACUGACUUCUUUCCUUCACUAAAAUAUUCUUAAAAUAAAAAUUGUAAACUAA